GGGCAGGGGCGGGCGCGCGGCGGGUCAGGGGUGAUCCCGGGAUGGUGUCCCGGGAAUGGUGUCUCUCCCGCGCCCGUCCCGGAGCCCGCGCCACGGCCCACGCCCGCCCCACGGAGAUCACAAUGGCCCAAAGGUUGUUUAGAUCGCAUUUGCUGUUCUGCUUUCUGGCUGCAUUCUUCAUCUCUGCCCUUGCUGAGGAACACGCAGGAGAGAGUCAACAUGCAAAUAUUCGCCUUGAUAAGAAUUUGGUACAAGAUAAAGAGCACAUCAUGGAACACUUGGAAGGUGUCAUUGAGAAACCGGAAACUGAGAUGUCUCCACAAGAGUUGCAGCUCCAUUACUUCAAAAUGCACGAUUAUGACGGCAAUAAUUUGUUAGAUGGGUUAGAGCUCGCUACUGCUAUAUCACAUGUCCACAAGGAGGAAGGUGGUGAGAAUACCCAAGCAAUGAAAGAAGAAGAGCUGAUUAAUCUAAUAGAUGAUGUCUUGAGAGAUGAUGAUAAGAACAAUGAUGGAUACAUUGACUAUGCAGAAUUUGCAAAAUCACUGGAAUAAGGUUUUGCAGGAUGUUUGUUUCUCCUUCUAACCACGUGGAAAUGUGAACCAGUAUAAUGUGAUUCUUUACUGUCUGAUAUCAACCUCUGUGCUGUGAGAAGGAGAGGUGUACCAGUUCCAGCUGAAUUUAUUCAAAAGUUGUAUGUGUUAAAAGACUGGUUAACCUGGAGUGAGAGCCAUGUUUGACUAAACACAGCUACACAUUUGAAUCAUGAAGCAUGGAAGUGUCAACAGUACUCACAUAAGUUACAGCUGGCAAACUCCUAAGUAGCUCUGUAUGAAUACUAAAUAGAAUCAUUAGCAUCUAAAUUUCAAGUUUUCAGUCAUUGGGUUAUAUAGUACUUAUUUGCUUACGUCUUCUUCCAUUUAAAAUUAUAAAAUAGCUAGAAAGCAAGAAAUGAUUACUGCAUAUAAUUGUACUCCCAAGGAUAAAUGUCCUUACCUUCCUUCUAAUUUACAAGGAAAUUUGCAGAUAAGUACACAGGUGCUUGAAACAGCAAUUGCAGGGGCAAAGCAUUUGAAUGUGCAUUACAUUUGAGUUCAGAUGAUACCGUAUGAACUUAAACACAGUCUUUGAAGAAACUGAGUGUUUUCAAAUAUAUGUACUUCCUAGCAUACCCUUACAUAUAAAUAUAUAUACAUGUGUUUUUCAAUGUCUUGUCCUCCACAAAUUUACUCUUUGUAUCUUAAUUUACUGAUUUUUUUUUCAUCAACCUUCCAUAUUUUCUUAAGAAAAUGAAAGUAUUUUUAUUGUAUUUAUAUGUUGUAUCCCAUCCUUCAGGGGUGUUUAGAAGGUCAUGUUAACAGUAAAGCAGUUUAAUACUAAAGCUUCAAUUUGGGUUUUACAGUAUUAGCCAGCAGAAUAAUCUAAAUAAGCAAGUAACGCUGCCUUGUUAAGGUUUAAGUCCAUAUUCCUUGACACUUAAAUUAUGGUAUUACUUUCAGGAGGUAUUUCAUAACUUAACAGUUUCAAGAUACUUGAGUAUUUGCAAAUUAUCAUGGCUCUAGGAACGUUUUUACUGUUUUGACUCUUAUUUGGUAAGUCAAACAGUUUAGGGAUAUUAGAGCAGUGAUGUAUUGCUGUGUUAUUGAUGUUUGGUGACUCAGACAUAACUGAAAUCUUAAAUUGCAUUCAAUCAUUAUUCAUUAAUAAAGAAUCUAAAUGUUAGCCUAUUUCUGUAAAAUGUAUAAAGAGCUAUUUUCUAUACAAAAUUAUUCUUAUACAAGAGAAACACGUUUGUAAAAGAAAUUAUUUCCUCUGUUUAAAUGUUUGUGCAAUGAA